AUGACGGCGGGGGGGGCAGAGAAAGAAUCAGACACAGACAAACCAACUGGCAGAGGAGACAAUGUCCCACUGCAAGGCAUGGUGACUACUGCCGCGGCCGCAAGAGAAGCAGAAGGAGGAGGAGAAGAAGGUGUGGCAAUGAGAGCAGUGCUCCCGCGGCUCAUUGACAUCACCACCUCCACCUUCAACCUGGCUUUCUUAGCGGUCAUGGAGGCUGCAGCCGCAUCAUGA